CUAGCUAUUAAGGGUUUGAUUGUUUUUUGUCGUUUUACAUAACCGAUAACACUCUGUAAUUGAUGAUCGUGUUCGAUCUUUUAUUUAGUUUCUUGUGUUGAAUCUUUCCGAUUUGAUGUUGGGUUGACUCUUCCUUGUUGGGGGAGAAAUGGAAAUUGAAGAACAGUUCAAUAAUGCCCCCCAUCGUUUGUGAUUGUAAUUGACUUGAACUGUUCAAAGUUUUAUUGACUCUUUAGAGAAUAUGAUUGAAAAGGAAUUUUUCACCGAAUAUGGUGAAGCUACUCAAUAUGAGAUUGAAGAAGUUAUUGGUAGAGGGAGCUAUGGAGUUGUUGCAUCUGCUGUAGACACUCAUUCUGGUGAGAAAGUUGCUAUCAAGAAGAUAAAUAAUGUCUUUGAGCAUGUUUCUGAUGCCACACGGAUUCUUAGAGAAAUUAAGCUCCUUCGGUUUCUUCGGCAUCCUGAUAUUGUUGAUAUUAAACAUAUAAUGCUCCCUCCUUCCAGAAGGGAGUUCAAAGAUUUGUAUAUUGUUUUUGAGUUGAUGGAGUGUGAUCUUCAUCAUGUACUCAAGACUAAUGAUGAUCUCACUCCUCAGCAUCAUCAGUUUUUCUUGUAUCAACUUCUUAGAGCUUUGAAGUAUAUACAUUCAGCUCAUGUGUUCCAUAGAGAUUUGAAGCCGAAGAAUAUACUUGCCAAUGCAGACUGCAAGCUGAAGAUCUGUGACUUUGGACUUGCUCGUGCAUCUUUUAGUGAUGCCCCAUCUGCUAUUUUUUGGACAGAUUAUGUCGCUACUCGAUGGUACCGUGCUCCUGAACUCUGUGGUUCCUUUUUCUCAAAGUAUACACCAGCUAUUGAUAUUUGGAGCAUAGGAUGUAUUUUUGCUGAAAUGUUGGCAAGCAAGCCUUUGUUUCCUGGGAAAAGUGUUGUCCAUGAGCUGGAUCUAAUAACUGACUUACUUGGUACUCCUUCAGCUGAAUGUAUUGCUAAGAUUCGUAAUGAAAAGGCUAAAAGGUAUUUGAGUGGCAUGAGAAAAAAGAAUCCAAUACCUCUGUCGCAAAAGUUCCCUAAUGCAGAUCCACUAGCUCUUCGUUUACUUGAACGUCUACUUGCAUUUGAUCCCGAAGAUCGUCCUUCUGCAGAGGAGGCAUUAGCUGAUCCUUAUUUCCAUGGACUGGCAAAUCUGAAGGAUGAACCAUCCAGGCAACCUAUCUCAAAACUUGAGUUUGAGUUUGAAAGAAGAAAGUUGACCAAAGAUGAUGUUAGAGAGCUUAUUUAUAGAGAAAUUUUAGAGUAUCACCCUCAGAUGCUACAGGAAUACCUUCAAGGCUCUGGGAGUCACUUUUUGUAUCCCAGUGGAAUUGAUCGAUUCAAGCGACAAUUUGAUCAUCUUGAGGAACGCUCUGGUAAAGAUGCGAGAGGCAGUCCACUUCUAAGGAAGCAUGCCUCCUUGCCUAGGGAGCGAAUAUAUACACCAAUAGAUGAAGAUGAUGAUGAUGAAAAACGUAAAACUGAACAGCGAAAUGCAGCUUCGGCCGAACGUGCAGCGCUUCUAAACCCUCCUGGACCUGCUUAUUCAUUACCUGUUCGGAACGGUUCUGUUCAAGUAAAUUGCAAUAGUUAUAACCUGUUGAGGAGUGCUAGCAUAAAUUGUUCUAAAUGGGUGGAUUAAUAAUGGGAAGGGUUGCAAGGAAGGAAAGAAUACAACAUUGCUAGCCUUCCUCAGAUUCUUAAUUUGUAAAAUUACACUCAUUCAUACACCUUUGAACUUUCCAUUUAACUUCUAUGUUGCUAUAUGUUUCCACUGGCUGGGCCAUUGAAAGUAAUUGCCAUAACUGACUUGAUGGUAGUACAAGGAGAAAUGUGUACAAGAAAUGCUAUAUAAUGCAAAAUUAAGGAUCAAAUUUAUGCUAUUUGGCUCA